UUACAACUAACAAAUACACGUCUCGCAACAUUCUUUUCAGCGACGAAUGGAGGGGAACUUAGGAGGCUACAUUUGAAGCCCACUGAAGUGGGGAUAGGCGUGUAUAGUGGACCGAGGCUCCAGUUCUGCAGGAUUUUUUCGGUUUUCGGCAUUUUUGGAGGAUACUUUGUUUUGUGCGUUUUCGCGCAGAAAAGGAACGCAUAGUUUUCAGGGCGGAGACUAUCACUAGCAACAACAACAUAGCGAUCUGCGUUCUAGUCUCCAACUCAAGAACACAUUGCAGAGCUGGAAAAAACUACGUUACCCAACGAUUUAAGGAGAUUCAAUGCAAAGGGAGAUUUUCUGGCCUCCACGGAAAGUAUCUCAAAGGAAAGUAAUGGAGCUCGCUUUUCGUUUACCCCCAAAUAAUGAAUAGCUGUAAUGCCUGCCGUACUUGCAGAACAAGCCAAUACUAUGCACAAACUGCAGCUGAUCGCGUUGGUUUAAUUUGCUGUGAAUCUACAAGUGAUAUUCGGCUUUUAAAACACCACGUGCAAUUCAUCGAUUUCAGGGAAGAAUAAUAUUAUUUCAAUGACUGGAUCACCUCGAGGGAAUUUAAACACUAAUUCAAAUGUAAAUACAGUACUAACACCGCAGCAGCCUACAAGACGCGAAACCCCUAUGAGUCGCUAGACUAUUGUUUCUGGGCUUCUGUGUUGGAACGUCUGCGGUCUGUACACCGUAGCCGGUUUUUUACUCAAAGUGGGUUCUACUUAGUUGUAUCAGACUACAGAAGUCCCAUCUCGCUGGAUCAUGCGGAAUCCCGAGGAGGUGGAUGGAUUUGAUGGCGAGGCCUCCAACACUUCAAUGAUCUCGGGGGCGAGUAGCCCAUAUCAACCGACUACAGAGCCCGUGCAUUCGAGAAACGUCCUGGGAGACAUUAGGUGUGACACGGAGUAUCUGAAAUCUAACUUUGGCAUUUUAAAAAUCGUUGAAGUGAGCCUGUCUCUCAUCGCCUUCAUCUGCAUAGAGACCAUCAUGCUCUGCUUGCCGUGCGGCGGUGUCUACUUCUUCGAGUUUGUCAGCUGCAGCGCCUCCGUCGUCACCGGCUUCCUGCUCCUCGUCUUCGGCCUCAACCUCCACGGCAAGGUGCCCCACGUCAACUGGAGCCUCACUGACCUGGUCAACACGGCUGCAAGCACCUUCUUCUUUUUCCUGUCCUCCAUUGUGCUGGCCGCACUCAACCACAAAUCCGGGUCCGAGAUCGCAGCUGUGAUAUUCGGCUUCCUGGUGACCUGCGUCUACGGCUUCAACACCUUCCUGGCGGUGAGGCAGUGGCGGAAGGGCGACGGGAGGUCCAGCGCGGUCCAGACCGGCGAGUACACGCGCGCCCGUACCGCCUCCCGCGGUGAGAUGGAGGCCCAGCCUGAGCUGCAGUGACCCCGCCCUCUCCCUGAUUGUAGGGGGCGUGGCCACCCACAGAGAUACGGCCCCCCCCCGAGGCUUUUCUCCGGUGACCCCACCAACGGCAGGGGUGGGAGAUGGGCCGUGUUAAACAAACAUUUGACCAUCACUCAAAGAUAUUCGAAGAGCCAUCCCAGCCUGUCCAGUUCCACUGACUGGGUUCUGUCUGCAGUCCUCUUGAGCCUUCAGUCUUCUCAGUUUGUAUGGACACAGGUCCCUUAUCUGUUUAUAAAUCAUUCUUGGUCAGAGAUCUCACCACUGUGUUUCCUGAAGAGUUUUACUAGCUAACUGCAAAGUUUUCAGCCCUCUUCCGUUUGCUAGUUUUCGCUGCAGAGUAUCUGCUCAUUGUGUUAUUGUGAUAAGCAGAAGGAUUCCUGUUUGUUUUUAAACAAACUCAUUUGUCUCAUUGUCAAAUUCAUUCUCAUUUGUGUUAAAUCCCAGGUAUGAAAGAAACUGGACAAUCGGGUAUUGGUGCCCAACCCUAUCCAUGGUUUUAAAGCAACCUUUAAAACCAUGCAACCUUAGUUUUAUAGCUGAAUAGGUUUCAUUUGUGGCCCUCAGUGGAUUGCAUGCAAAAAAACAAGACAGGUGUUUCUUUUGCCUGCUUGAAUUGCAUCUUGCAUUCUCUAGCAUUCUGUGAGGUAUCAAAUUACUGUUCGAAACGGAUACUCUAAAUGUGACAUCAAGCGUAUACUUAUUUUUCUGCAGACAGGCAUUUAGAAUAGCAAACCACUAGGGGGCACAUUCAGAUUUACUGAAUGCUCAGCCAAGUAUGAAUUUUUUGUUUUGUCUUUCAUUCGCGUGCCCUCUCAGCGUUGCAUGAGGUGGCUUGGCAGGCCGUGUGAAGUCCUGGGGAUCCAGGCGGCAUGGUUGCCUGUGCCUGUUUUAAGGACUUCUGUGUUGAAAAUGACCCACAUGUACCCAGGUCCUUGCUGGCGUAUACUUUUUAGCUGUGUCAGGCUGCCCAGAACCUGGCAGUGCGUUACAGCGUUGAUAGUGUUAAUGGAACACCCAUAUCUAAGAGUAGUAAAUGUUGUUGGCUUGAAUCCUCCUCUGUGACAAUCAGUUGAAAUGAUGUUUUAAUUUCCAGCUCCAGUCUACACAAAUAACAUUCCUCUUUUGCCAGAAUUAUCAGUUUCCUUACAGUGCAAUACUCAUGCCCCUUUGCAACGUAGCUAUGACUGUGUUUGAAAUGUGCAGUUGCUGGUGAGCUGUUGUAUAGUUAGUCCUAUAUAGUCCAUUGUUACUCAUGCCAAGAAGGAACGUCAAAGACAUCACACUUGAAGUCUUAUUCAAGCAUCGCAAGUGACAAAUGUACGCCAUGCAGCAUAUGUAAACUACAUAUAACAAGGAAACUGAAAGAUAUUACUUCUGAUGCCUUAUUGAAGGAAAGGGUAUGACAUUUUGUUACCCAAUGUGUAUUUAUUCAGCGUUGUACUGACCAAGGCGGGGGUGGGGGGGUGGCUGUAGAGAACAGGGGUACGAAAGCAAACACGGUACGCACUGUAAUCUCAAAAAUGCAGGGGCUGGCGUAAAUGGGUCAGAGGGGUCUCUCAGGAAUCGGUAACGUGUUUGUCGUCUGGGCCGGAGCGCUGUUUUAUUCCUGCUAACUGUGUUAAAUCAAACACAGAGUGCUCUGCACACAUCAGAGAUAUGGGGGGGGAAUCAGACUUAAAUGAAGAUGUAUUGCUUUUGUAAAUAAUAUUCCAUGCAAGCCAUUCUGAACAGCUGUUACCUUGGGAUAUUACAGUUGUAAAUAGUAAAUCUAGUCGCUAACAAUAAAUUAGCUGUGUUAAGAGGACGUGGGGGUGGUGGGGUAGAAUUAUUGCAGUGGUAGUGAGCCUGACGGGUCAUUAUUCCUUGUUGCUCCAGUAGGUAGUGGAAUGCACCGCUUGGGCCGGAGGACACAAUCGGAGUGGUUCUAGAAAUGUAACGCAGUGUUUGUACUGGUCAGGCGAAUGCCCAUUUUUCCAGUUGCAAAUGUAAUUUGUGCCUAAUCUGAUUUUUAUUGGGAUAAAGCGCAGUGAGUGGAACUCCACCUCACUAAUCUGGGUUGUGACCUUGAGUCAGCGAUUCCAAUUUUUUUUUUUUUUUUUGGAAGUAUCUCAAGGCUAUGUUUUGUACGACAUUGUGUUUUGUCUGUUUUGUGUGUGUAUGUGUGUGUGUAUGGGGGCGGGGGUUUGUGACGAUCAGACAGAGAAGUUCUACUCCAGCAUUUUAGCCUCUGUGACUGUGUGUUUACCAGGGGUCUUCGGAGCUAUCCAGACCCUGUUGAUUUCAUGAACAUGUGGACUGUCAGAGAUGUGGCAACGGCAGAGGAACAUGGAGUGAUUUUGUCAUGGCUUCCUGUGCGCUCCACCGUUCCUCCCCUUGUAUGAACAUCGCACAGCUGACAGAUUUUGGACGUUUCCAUCACCCAGCGUGCCUUAUGUUACAGGCCGUAGGAUCAGGGCAUUCCAACCGGAUUCGCCAGGACAUUCGAAUGCCUUGGCCAAGGCCCAGACAUUUCUCAUAGUCUUUAAAACGUAACACUGUGCAGACAAACAGGUUUAUUACCAAUUUCUUUUGCUUAAUAAAAAUUGUGGACCAGCUGUAAUUCCACAAAUACCUGGAGGAAGGUAGAAUUAAUCUGUGUUUUAUAUUUUGGACUCAGUUCAGAAGUUGACAAUAUCAC